CUCUUGGUUACCUAUUACCCCCCUAGGUCGGUACCUGUAUUCUGCCGCCUGGAUGGGCAGUCCGCCGAACCAGGCCUCCAAGGUAGUGGGUGGCUGGUGCAUGUGAUGUAUCGCCGCCCCCAGGGCCAGUGUACCAAUGGCACUUUGACGUCGCAGAGACGAAUCGUUCGCCAUCGUCCUCCAACUUGAACGGCCCCUUUAUCCAUUUCUCAUCUCAAUUCCUACAAAACACCACGACCUGCCCUCCCCGCCCACGAUACAACAGAACUGCCAUCCGGACCUCAACAGCUCCAUUUUCUACGAACCACGACGACAACCUGCGAUCGAGGACGCCACUCACUACCCCUCGUGCCUUCCCCUAAAAAUCCGCCGUAAGUCGCAGCCGGAUCUCCCCCGCCCAGACCGCUUUGAUAGCGAACAAACGACCACAACGGCUAACGUUCAUACUUGGUCAAGACAAUGAAGUUGCACUACAUCGGUAUCCUUCGCAAUGACAGCAAGCCCGCCGUCGAGCUGUGCAGCGAGAUGGAGCUGUCGGCAUACUCGCGAUUCACUAGGGGAAGCUACGCCGAGUUCAUGACUCUGUUUUCUAAGAAGGUCGCAGAGUCGACGCGCCCUGGCCAGAGGCAAGAUAUCGAGGAGGGCGACAACACCUUUCACUGCGUAGGAAGAAGCGAGGGUAUCUGUGGCGUCAUCAUUUCCGACCACCAAUACCCGAGUCUAGUCGCUCACCAGCUGCUCUCCAAGGUUGUCGACGAGUUCCUCACCAAGCAUCCCCGCUCCACGUGGGCAACGGGCGAGCCUAAGCUCGCCCUGCCCGAGCUUAAGGAGUACCUCACCAAGUACCAAGACCCUCAACAAGCGGAUUCGAUCCUCAAGAUCCAGAAGGAGCUCGACGAGACCAAGAUCGUGCUGCACAAAACUAUCCAGAGCGUCUUGGAGCGCGGCGAGAAGAUUGACGACCUGGUGGCCAAGAGUGAUGGUCUGAGCUCCCAGAGCAAGAUGUUCUAUCAACAGGCAAAGAAGCAAAACUCAUGCUGCAUCGUCAUGUAAAUCUAGCCGACUCUCUCGAAUACCUUCAUGUCCUUACUUGGUCAUUUCGUGUAUGGCGUUGGACCCUUUGGACCCGUUUUAGUAUAAACGCUCGCUCUGGUCACGCUCGCUAGGCCUUUGUUUGUUUUUUGUUUUUUUUCGCAAGCAAGAACGAAAUUUGUUUUCUCUUUUUGCAGGAAGAUCUCUUUUCAUGGAGGAGGAGGGGUGUGCUUAUAUAUUCCACCCCGAACGUGCGGCCAUGUUUUCGGGUAGUGACGGAGACGAUGGUUCAGGAUUAAUCCAACUCUUCUGUAGUGAACCUCGCAGAGACUGUUCCAAUUUGAGACACGGCCUACCGGCAUAUUGAGCGUG